AACCCCUUCACAGCACAGAAGCAAAAUGGCCGAUAGUAAACUAACAGAUCACACAGCGUCUGACAGUCAUCUAGGGGUUAUGCGUGUUUUGUUUACAGAUUGAGGACCACAGUGGGCGCAACAAAGACCGCUCGCCUCUCCUCGUUUUUUUUCUACGACUAAGGUUUUUCGCAUUUCGGUGAUGUCAUUUCUUAUUCCACUCAGCCUCGAAGAACUCGCUCGCUAGGCUAGCCAGCUAGCUCGCUAGCCCGCUAGCGGCAGGUCUGCAAGAAUCUUCGCACACAAGCACUUUAUGUCCUACGUGAUUCCCGCGACAGGAGAAUUGGGAAAGGGAGCAGUAGUUCAUGGAAGACAAGAAAAAGAAGAAAGAAGAUAAGAAGAAAAGGGAAACCUCUCAGAAGGUGCCAGAACAGAAAAUCAAAGUGCCAGAAUCAGCCAAGCCCUCCUGCACCCAGCCCCUCGCCACCCCAGGCUCAGUGUCCCCCAGCCCUGGCCCGGUUGCCCCCUCAUCCCCCAGUCCUGGUGCAGCUGGGGUUUCUGCACAAGUUCCUCCUGGUGGUGGGAACAAUGCAAAGCAGCGGACUGCUGUGGCCAACGGACAGCCCUCCCCCUCCGCCUCUGGAAGCCAGACCUCCCAGCAGCAGAGAUACAUGUCCAGAGAGGUUCCACCGAGAUUUCGCUGCCAGCAGGACCAUAAAGUGUUACUGAAGAGGGGCCAGCCACCGCUGUCCUCCAUGCUGCUGGGGGGAGGAGGAGGGGAAGGGGGUGCAGGAGGAGGAGGAGGCUGGGUAGCCACCACCCCUCCUGUAUCCUCACAGGGAGCAGAAAACCCCAAUGCAAGCACAGCUGGAGGCACAGAUUCCAACCUGGGUUCAUCUUCCCCUUCACCCCCCAACUCCUCAUCUUCAUUAUGUGUCGCUGCUCUGUCGUCUUCUUCUACUACUACUUCAACUUAUGCAAAUUCCACAUGGGGGGCAGGCUCUGGCAGCCAGUCCUCUUCUCAGGGCUGCGGGACGGUGAUUGUGGAUGGGACUGACCUGGAGGAUUGGCCAAGCAUCCUAGGCGGGGCCAAAUUGAGUUCUGACGGGGCUGGAGAAAGGGUGCAGGAGCCAGACUGCCCCGGUAACAACAACAGUAGUGCCUCAUGGAGUGAGAGAAACAUCCAGCAGAAGGGAGGAGCAGCAGUAGGAGGAGGAGCAGGGAACAUGGACAAUCCUUCCCCAUCUCGUUCUUCUCCUCUUUCUCCCUCUUCCUCACUUAAUGAAUGUGUUCAGUCAAGUGAUGUGUGGGGCUCCUCCGCCUCCUCUCAGGUGGAGGCAGGGCUAGGAUCAGCAGCAUUUUACAAUUCCAAAGUCUCCCAUCUUCGACCUGGGCCUCAGGAGAGCCCAGUGGGUGGCAGCAGCAGUGUCCCUGGUGCCAAUUUUAACCCCAACAUGAACCCCUCUGCCUGGCCUGCCCUGGUGCAGGGUGGGACAUCAACUUCGGCUAGCGACAGCCUUCCACUACACUCGUCCAUUACUUCAGCUUCCUCAUUCUCUGCCAGCACCACCCUCAUCACCACUCAUUCUCUUUCAUCUGUGAAUCAAGCUGGCCUUCAUCAGCAGCACACUGAGAUAGCUGUUGUGGCCAGACGUGGAGAACCUCAGCAGCACUUAGGAAACCCAGGUCUGGAGCUGGGUUCAGUCGGGGGAGUGCGAGGAGGAGCAGGACCAAAUCAAGGAGGUGAUGAUGAGAGGGACUGUGUGGUUGCUAGUGUUGAAGAAGAAAGGUGUGGCAAUCUUUCUGGCUCUUCCUCUUCCUCCUUAGCUGCCUCUUCUUGGAAAUCCAUGCCACCAGUGUCCUCUGACCUCAGCACAGAUGCAUCACAGGCAGAUGGGUGGGGUGGAGGAGGGACUGGAGCUCAGGUGCAGGCAGGGAAUGUGUGGGGCUUUGGUAGCCAGGGUGAGAAGGCAGGGUGGGGCAGGGGAAAUGAUGGUGGCUCAAAUACCCCAGUGGUAUCUCAGGGAGCAUGGGAAGGAGGCAGUUCAGAAGCAGAGUGGGGUGGAAAAAUGGGUGGUGUUAGUUCGAGUAACUUAGCAAUAGGAAGAGGAGGAGAGGGAAGCAGCAGCAACAGCAGCAGCAGUGGAGGCAGUAUUGGUGGUGCCGUUUUGCAGGACUCUGCCUCACCAAAGUUAGAAACUAUGACAAAAGCAUGGGACAAUCAGAAAGGGGUGGAGAGUGGGGAUGGGUCAGCUUGGGAGUGGGGUGGAGGAGGAGGGCAGGGUGGAGGCACUGGAGGUGGAGGACCUUCAUCCUCUAGUGGAGGAACGUCCUUAGCUGGAAGUGGUGGAGGAGGGAGUGGCAGCAGUCAGAAGCAGGACCGAUCCUCGCCUGUGUGCCACCAGACCUCCAAUGCUGAAGUGGCCUUAGCAAGCAUGCUCAAUCGAUCUGACCUGGACCCCAGAGUUCUGUCUAACACGGGUUGGGGUCAGACCCAGAUUCGACAGAAUGUGGCCUGGGACUUGGACACCACAGCAGCAGCAGCAGCAGCAGGAAGAGGAAACAGAAAUGAAAGAAGUACUUCAUCUUCCUCUGCAUUCUCAUCAGCAACCAUGAACACUACCACAAGUCGUGGUCCUGGGUACCCGUCUAACACCAGUUCAAUAACUAAUGAUCCAUCUGGCAGUAAAACGACCAGCCAUAACUCUGGCCUUGCUCCAUUGAAGGAUGGCUGGGAUGGUGGUGCUACACAGUCCACCUGUGGUACUCGCGUGCCUAGUAGCACUGUACGGAAGCCAGGACUGCCAGAGGAAGAUAUGAAAGGUAACCCAGGAAAAUCAGCUGGAGGCUGGGGUGAUCUUCCACCUGAAAACCAGGGCAAAGGAUGGGGGACUGAAGAACAACAGUGGCGGGAUCACAGAGGAGGAGGAGGAGGGGGGAACAGGAGAGACGCCGGAGAACAGGGUAGUGAGUGGACAGAUGGUCCAGAGGAAAAAGGGACAGGGGGAUGGAAGGGGACUGGAAGAGGGGAGGCAGGUGGUUGGGGGGGACAGUCUCGAGGGGGAGGAGACUGGGGAAAGAGAGACUCUACACCUGGAGGUGGGUGGGGAGAUGGGCGAAGCAGAGGUGGAAGCAACUCUGAUGAGGGAUCUUCCUGGGGUAAUGAAGGGGGGUCUCAGAGAGGAGGAUGGGAAGGGGGAGAUGUGGGUGGAAGCAAAUCCCACCAGGACUGGGGGAGUGCCAAGCCCCACACAAUAGCAGCACAGAUACCAAACAGCCAAGUGGCACCAAUGAAAGCCCCAAAUCAACAGCAGCACCAAUCACAGGGCCAGCAGGGAGCUCCCAUGCAAGGUGGGUGGAACAGCCGGUCCAAUGUUGGAGGUGGAGGUCCACCUUCCAAGAAUCAGAACCAAAGUUCGGGCUGGACUUCCGGCCCGAUCCCCCAAAUAUCGGGAGGGGGAGGGGAAACCCUGGAGUCCAGUGGCUGGGAAGAACCCUCCCCUCAGUCUAUCAGUCGCAAAAUGGAAAUUGACGAUGGCACUUCAGCCUGGGGAGACCCGAACCGUUACAAAAGCAAGAAUGUGAACUUGUGGGACAAGAACAAUGCUACGCCCAGCCAAAGCCACAGUCAGCAGGCCCCACCUCCAGGCAUGCAGCAGCAGCAGCAGCAGCAGCAGCAGCAGCAGCAGCAACAGCAGCAGCAGCAGCAGCAACAACAACAACAACAACAACAGCCACCUAGGAGGCAGCAGGGGAUGCAGCACAGCAGGGACCCAAACUCUCGUAGUGCUGCAGUGGGUCCAGGUAUGUGGGGAGGAGGCGCACCAUCUGUGGAUAAUGGUACGAAUUCAUGGGGCCAAACAUCAGAUGCAGCAACAAGUUGGGGGGAUCCAGAUGAAACAGGCAAAGCUUCUGGCUGGGGGAAGCCUGCACCUAAACCUGGCACCAAGCCGAUGGAAAGCUGGGGUGGGAAGGGUGAGGGCUCUGUUGCAGCCUCCCGUCACCCCAGCUGGGAUGAGGAAGAUGAUGGUGGUGGAGGGGUGUGGAACAGCACUGGCCCCCAGGGAAACAGUUCCUCUUUCAACUCUGGAGGCUGGGGUCAGACUCAUGGAGGCAAGAGAAGCAACAUCAAGGGUGGAGGUGGCGACAGCUGGAUGAACCCAGUUUCACGCCAGUUUUCAAACAUGGGCCUUCUGGGUGAUGACCCAAGUGAUGACAAAAAGAUAGAAGGAGACAAGAGAGGAACUGACUAUAACGGAGAGAUGCGUCGGGGAGCAAGAGGUGGGGGAGGUUACCGCAUGCCUAGUUCCAAAGACAUGGGGCCUGUUGAAAUGGGGCCGUAUGGAGAAAAGAUGGGUGGCCACGGAGUGUAUGUUGGCAGUGGUGGGGGGAUGGCUCCGCCUCGAGGGAUGCAUCAACCUGGCAUGCAUCCAAUGAACUCGCAGGGGUUACGUGCUCAAGUGCCUCAUCAGUUCCUGUCUGCUCAGGUGCCGGGUCCUAUGCUGAAGCAGAUGCCCUCUCCUAGUGGCAGUGUGGGUGGUGUGGUUGGAGGAGUGGGAGGUGUCGGAAGCGUCGGUGGUGUUGGUGGAGGAGUGUUCCCUCCUCAACUUUCCCCACAGCAGCUAGCAAUGCUCAGCAACAUUUACCCCCACAUGCAGCAGUUCCAUCUGGCUUGUCAGCUCCUGCUACAACAGCAGCAGCAGCAGCAGCAGCAACAACAGCAGCAGCAGCAGCAGCAGCAGCAGCAGCUCCUGCAGAACCAGAGGAAGUUCCCACAGCCUCAGCCUCUCCGGCAGCAGCCAGACCCACAGCAGCUGGCAAGGAUUAUGGCUAUUCUGCAGCAGCAGAGACAGCAUCAGCAGGGUGGCGUUGGAGGAGCUGCAGUUGGAGGAGGGAGCUCCAAAUUGUCCCCCUCUCACCUGGGAGUAGGCCACUCCAAACUGCCCAUGGUAGACGCCCUGCCUCAUCCUGGAAUGGGGGGGCCGUUGUCAGACCUUCAUGCCAAAACGCAAGGGAUGUACUCGGGGCUUGCCCCCGGCGGUAACCUGUCAGGACUGGAGCUUGGUCCCAUGAUGGGAGGAAUGAAGGACACAGGAGGACAGCAGUCCCGCUUCAAGUGGAUGAUGGAGGGACACUCCCCAGCUCCCUCUCCCCCCGACUCAACCCUCCAUAAGAACGGCCCUUUACCCAGUGCUAUGAAAGUGAGAGGAGGAUCCCCUUACUCCCAGUAUGAAAUGCUGGGCGGGGAUGGUUUAGGGAUUCCCUCACAGAGCUCUGCGGACAACUGGCACCGAACUCCUGGUAGUAAAAUGGGGAACAAGCCAGCCACAUCCAGCUGGCCUCCAGAGUUCCAGCCUGGUGUGCCCUGGAAGGGAAUCCAGAGUAGUGGAGACCCCGAGUCUGACCCCUACAUGACCCCUGGUAGUGUUCUUGGCUCCCCUGGACCCCAGAGCCUCAAUGACUCUGACCACCAGUUACUAAGAGACAACAUAGGGCCAAACCCCUCCCUCAACACCUCGCUGCCUUCACCUGGUGCCUGGCCCUACAGUGCCUCAGACAGCCCCCUCAGUAAUGCACACAGCACAGGAAAGUACUCGGAGUACAAGCCCAGCUGGCCCCCAGAGCCCAUCGGACAAAACAAGUUUUGGAAGACCAAUCGCAACAGCUCGCAGCUGCCACGCCCCCCUCCUGGCUUAACUAACCAGAAGCAGGCCUCGCCCUCCCCAUGGGGCAGUGGAGGCCCACGGUUGGCCCGGAGCUGGGGAGGAGGUGGGAUGAAUCAAGAGUCAAGAUAUGGGCCAGGCUCAGCUUGGAGUGAUGGUGUGGCAUCCAGAGGCAGCUGCUGGUUGCUGCUGAGCAACCUGACCCCUCAGAUCGAUGGCUCCACACUGAGGACUAUUUGCAUGCAGCAUGGCCCCCUGCUGACCUUCCACCUUGGACUGACCCAGGGCAGCGCUUUGAUUCGCUACAGCAGCCGGCAGGAAGCAGCCAAGGCCCAGGGUGCACUGCACAUGUGCGUUCUGGGCAACACCACAAUCCUGGCGGAGUUUGUGAGUGAGGAAGAAGUUGCUCGCUAUUUUGCACAUUCCCAGGCCGGAGGGGCAGAGGGGGCCAGCUCAGGAGGGGCCCCGGCCAGUGGAAUGCAGGGCUCGUCUGGUACAGGCACCGCUGUGGCCAACAGUGGCGGUAGCUCCCCAGGGGGUGAGCGGGCAGCAGCGGGUACAGUUUCAGGUGGAAAUGGAAACGGUGGAGGGGACAGUGGAGCAGCGGUUCUAGGUAGUGUGAGGUCCUCCGGCACUGGCUGGCAAGGUCUUGAUGGUACAGGUAGUUCUUCAGACGCCACUUCAGCCCAAGGACCCGGGCUGGGGAUAUUUUCCCAGUGGAGCACAAAUGGGUCAGGGGAGGGAGGAGGUGUCGUAGGAGUUGAGGCUGGGAGGUCUGGGCUCUGGGGGGGCAUGACUGCGGGAUACCCCAGCAGCCUGUGGGGGGCACCGCAAAUGGAGGAAAGGCACCAAAUGGACAGCCCUGCUGCAUUGUUGCCCGGCGACCUGCUGGGAGGAGGAGCUGACUCCAUCUGAUGAGGCCCCUCCGUUUGUAUGUGUAGGUUUGGACACACUGAUACAUAAUACACUGGGUUACAUAUGUACUUACUAUAGCACACACACACACACACACACACACACACACACACACACACACACACACACACACACACACACACACACACACACACACACACGGUAUGCAUAUUAAUGUACUACACAUAUACCACAUGUGCAUAGCAUACAUAUGUACACACACUCAAAGCAGAAAUGUGAGACAUGCUUACACACAUUCUUGUGGCCAGACUUAAGCUAUUAUAUAAACAAAUGCAGGGACUGUUAGAUGUGUAUACAGCCUUUUUCCACAGAUGAAGAUUUCAACUGCUUAGACUUGAAACCUGAUAAAGAAUGAAAAGUCAGUUGGUCUGAAAGACUUGACUGGAUUGCAAUGUGCUUAGUAAAUAGGGGACUUUUCGACAGAUUUACAUACACAUGCACACACCAAAUACAGACAAGCCUUCAGACAGUUGGGCACUGUAAACAGCAUUACCUUCAUCGUAUAAAAAACGUCAAACUACUACAUGAUGUGAGGUUAUAGUGCAUUUUGUAUUCAUGUCCCCUUAAAAGACGGAGACCGAAUCCAAACACAUGCAAACAGCUCUGAUUGACAGCAGAACUGUAUCUUACUGUGUAUGUUAAGUUUGGUUUUUUUUUCCUGUUUGUAUGUAUGGUUUUAAUUUUUGAACAGUGAAAAUAUUGAAAAAUGUCAUUGUUCCGUUUUCAAAAUGCUGACCUCCUACUGUUGUAUCUCACGCACUCUUUCUCUGUUAUACUCUCUUGAACAUGUUUGUUACUGUUGCAGUGAUAAAUGUUAAAUUGCUGGCAGUUUGAGGCUAUGUUGCAUUUCUCCAUGUGUUGAUACUGAGUGCAGUGUCAUAUACACGAUAUGGACUUGUGAAUGAGUGAGACUGAGACCAAGUAAGUGGAUUAAACCACCACAGUUUGUGUGAAUGUGAGAAUAAUGUGUGUGCGCGUGUUAAUGCCUGUCAUAAUGUGGGCAAGGCUGCUUACUAUACAGAAGGUCUAUACAAAAAUGUUUUGAGUGCAUUUGGUAUACUGCUGACUGUGUUAAGAAAUAUUGGCACUAAUGCUUUUUCUCAUUUGAAGUUGUUUGUUUUUUUAGCAGACUUGUCUUUUUUAUUGUCUGACCUGCAAUAAUAAAAAAAAGAACAUUUUAAUGACAAAGAGCUGAAGGCAUAUGCGUUGAGAAAAUGGACAUGCCAAAUCUUAUCAAACUGUGUGGAGCGGGAGGGAAGGGUUGUUUACAGAUGCCGAGCAAGAGUUCCCGUACGUUUUUAAUGUUCUGUUGUUGUGUAUUCAUUUUAAAUUAAGACAGGCUUUAACACUCCUGUUCAGUGUUUUCGUUUUGAGAUUUUACAAAGGAAAAAAAAUUUAUUUAAACAAAUGAGAACAAGAUUAAUAAAGAUGAAAAAUAUUGGCUUCUA